AUGGCUUCCCUCUCAACACUUCCCUAUGCUGUCAUUCCUUCUCUCAUCGACGACACAAACAUGGACGACAACAACAACACAAUCACUCCUCAUCGUACCAUCAAACACUACGAAUGGAACAACAUAUUCGAUGGUCAUGUAGGUUCUUGGUGUGUGGGUUCUUCCCACAAUUUUUUCAUACUUCUUGACAACAUAGGUUGUCCUCUUCUUCUAAACCCUUUUACCAACACUUCCAUUAAUGUGCCACCUUUUCACAACGCUUUCAUUCGCCGUGCAAAAGUCCCAUCUUUUUCUUAUUAUGUUGAACACCUGAAAGAAAAUUUUGUUUCCAAAGCUGUGUUGAAGUCUUCUCCAUCUCCUUCACAACACACACUUGCAAUUAUGUUUAGUUACCCUCGCAAGAUUGCAUUUUUUAACCAUAAUGGAGCAUGGGUCGAACUCAUCGAUGCGAAAAGAAAUUAUUGUGACAUUGUGUUUGACAACAAUAUUCUUUAUGCUUUGGCUGGAGAUGGGUCUAUUGAAGGAUGGAAUUUUUCUAGAAGUGUUCCUAGAAAGAUUUUGGAUGUUAAUCAUCCUGCCAUAAAUAUAGAUAAAGAAGAAGAGAAAGAAUUUUCAAGUGAUAAGUUUUCUACUCAAUUAUACUUAGUGGUAUCUAAAGGGGAAUUUUUUAUGGUAGAAAGGUUUAUUGGUAAUUUUGUUAAUGCUAAUGGUGAAGUAGUUUAUGAAGGUUACAAUUUAUCAUACGGUGAAAUUUGUCCUUAUAGAACAAAGCAUUUUAAUGUGUAUAAACUUGACUUUCAAAAGAAAAGUUGGGAAAAAAUAAAGUGUUUAGAUGGUCAAGUUUUAUUUGUUGGUGCUAAUGAGUCUACAUUGGUGGAUGCAUCAAGAUUUGAUGAUGGAAAUUUAAUUUACUUCAGCGAUGAUAGGUGGGAAGAGAUGAAUUUGGAUUAUUCAUAUGGUGGACAUGAUUGGGGUGUUUUCAAUCUUCAAGACGAAAGUGUCAAGUUCUUUGCUCCAGAUGUAAAUAAGAUGGAUCCACCACCUAUUUGGAUGGUUCCAACUAAUUUUUCUAGUGAUUCCAACAAUAACUUUACCAAUGAAAUCACCUCUAGUAUGUAA